AGUGAUUACUAGUGAUUUAAUAACAAUAUAUUAAUUUGUCUGUUAUUCGGGGGUCUCAGAGCACUCAGAACCAGGAGGAGAACGUGACGAACAGCCAGGAAACACCUAUUCCUGUUCCUGCAAUAGUCAAGCAGUCCAAAAUGUCUGAGAAGAACCGCCACAAGAAACCUAAAGAGAUCAAGCCUAGAGUGAAGAAGCUGAAGUACCACCAGUACAUCCCACCGGACCAGAAGGCAGAGAGAUGUGCUGCGCCGCAGAUGGACUCGACGUAUGCACAUCUCCUGCAGCAGCAGCAGCUCUUCCUGCAGCUACAGAUCCUCAGCCAGCAGAAACACCAGCACAACCUGCACCCACCUCCACCUCCACCUCCAGCUCCAGCUCCACUGCUGCACCGCUUCAGACACAACACCACACACGAGUGAGUCCAGCACUGGAGAACAUC